AGUUUACUGAAAAUUUGCAAUCUGAUGACGCUUACCGUGCCCUCAGUAGUUUUCAUAUGCAAGAACAUAAAUUAUUACAAGAAAUAAGAAAAAUGCUGGAAAAACGUAUUCUUCUUGAUCUGGACUAUGCUCAUCAGCUUCAAGAAUUAACAGCUAGUGCUGAUAAUAAGAUACCAUGGCUACAAAUGCAUCCAAUUAGUAGUGUGAGUGGUAUCUUUUUACUGGCAUGCCUGUCAUAA